UCUAUUGUUGUAACAUUUGUCCUUUUGAGAUUUGCUUAUUCUUAUAUAUUUUUUUAGAAUUCAGUGAACUCUUACAUGUUUUUAAUUAAAUGAAUAUUAUCAAUAAGUACACUGAUUUGAUUCUUUGUUUUUCAGAAAUGGAAACUGAUAAAUCGAAAUCUGAAGCAAAUGGGAGUGAUGAACCUGACGUUUUUUCAUUUUCAAAUAAUGAUGCCAGCAAUAAGAACGAGGCAAAGAGUCCAGUAGCAAAAGAAUCCUUAUUCUACAACAUGAACCAUAAAAGUCGUGGCCUAGCAAUCAUUUUCAAUCAUGAGAAAUUUGAUAGUGAUUCUUUGAAACAAAGAAAUGGCACAAAUGUAGAUGCUGACAACCUAAAAAACACUUUGACGAGACUCGGUUUUUCUGUUGCCGUGUUCAAAGACUACUUAUGCCAUCAAGUUGAGAAUGUACUCAUUGAAGCAAGUAAGGAGGAUCAUUCCGACUUCGAUUGUUUCGUAGUUGCUGUGUUGAGUCAUGGAGAACAUGGAAUUAUAUACGCUAAAGACCAUGCUUAUAAACCGGAAAUACUAUGGACAAAAUUCUCUGCAGACAACUGUAAAACACUGGCAGGGAAACCGAAGUUGUUUUUUAUCCAGGCUUGUCAAGGUGAUAAAUUGGAUGGUGGAAUCAAGAUGACUCAAACUGAUUCCAGCUCGACUUAUAAAAUUCCAGUACAUGCCGACUUCCUUAUCGCUUAUUCAACCAUCCCUCAGUACUAUUCGUGGCGCAACACAGCCCGAGGCUCGUGGUUCGUGCAGGCGCUGUGCAGUGUGCUCGACGAAAUCGGCACCGACUACGACAUACUCACCCUCUUGACGCUGGUCAAUCAGCGUGUGGCCUUCGACUUUGAAUCCUAUGUUCCCAACGAUAGUAGGAUGCAUGCUCAAAAGCAAAUUCCUUGCAUCACGUUCAUGCUCACCCGCCUCUUGAAGUUCAACAUAAAGACUCAACCAAUGCCAACAUAAUUAUAUUAGCAACUAAUCGGGUUUCUAAGACUAUGUGCAAAGUGAGAAAGUAAUAGAAGUGAAAUUCUAAUGUGAUGAAAGCAUAGUUGCCUUCAAAGCUAUAUAACAGUCAAUAUAUUUGACAAGUCCAAGGCCCGGUUUCACUAAAGCCUGUUAAAAUUGAUUCAUUGUUAAAUUCUAUGAGAACCAAACAGAAAAGGCUUUUCUGAGAAGACGACUUCUCUGAUUGGCUCUCGUGGCAUUUAAUCGGGAUUAAAAGUUAUCAGACUUCUGUGCAACCGGUGAAGCUUACUAUUUUGUAAAAGUGUUCAAUUGAUUCCUAUUUUGAUCGUCUUUGAUAAGAGUUUUGAAAUGAAUCUUAUUCUAGAUCUACUGUUAUAGAAAACUACUGUUUUUCACAGUACCUCAGGAGGGAUAGUCAUUAUGUUAUUUAUAAAACUUAAAAUAAGUUUUUAGCAUUUAUUCUUGUGCAUUUAAAUUUUAAUUUUUUCUAAAUAGUGUUAUGUUAUAUUAAGUGUGUUUUGGAAAAACUACUUGUUCGCGAACAAAAGACUUGGUCCUAUUGAUUUGGUAAUUAUUUCUUAGUUUGUAUCAUUCUAUUUUCUAUGGGUAUAGUACGAACAAAAAAAUCAUGUUAUUUGUAAGUAACAUAGAUCUGCCAUAGAAACUCGUUUCAAUGUCAUUGGAUUGUAAGAUUAAUAUAGUAUCAAUGUGCCUAAUUUCUCAUUCCAAUCUGAUAUUAAUGUAUAACAACUCCUUUUGGAAUUGAUGAAAAAAAUCUAUAUUAUAAUUAAUUAUUGUUUUACUCUAGUAGUAUAUCACUACCUCCGUAAACGGAGGUAGUGAGUAUAUACUCUAUAAAUAUUGAAUUUGAUGUAAGAGCAGAACCAUCUUAUUUUAAUAUUUUCUUUUAAUCCAGCUUGAUGUUUCAAAACUGAUAAUUCUUCUCUGUUAUUUUAAAUCAAUUACUUACUUAUGAAGCGCUACAGCCCUGCGUGGACGUUGGCCUCCUCAACAAUUCACCUCCAUUCAUCUCUGAUUAGCCAGUCUCUCCAAGUUCCUCUUUAAGUAAUAACCUAAAUAAAAACUUGUUCAAUCUGUAUUUGGUUUGGCAAGUUAAAAUUGGAUUCUAAAUUAAACCUAUUUUACACUUUCAUACCUAAUGUAUUUUUUAUCAAUCUCCUGCAUCAAUAUCGUCUGAUGUGAUAUUUAUAAAUUCAUAUCAAUUAGGAUAAUUAUUGUAUUUAAUGCAUUUCAUUACUUUUAUCAUUUGUAAUAAUUUACUCAUGUUAGAAUUAAAUUUGCAAUGGUA